AUGUACGAAUCUGUAUUUGCAAGCCAUGCUCCCUCCGCGGGGUGCAUAGAUAUUACCAAUGCGCCCAUCCUGGUGGACAAGGAAGACUUCGAAGGUAUUCAUAUCGCCGCUGAAGCCCUCGCGGAAGACUUCGCGCGGGUGACGGGCAAGGGUGCUUCUCUGAUCAUUUCGAACCUCAGCCAAGACUUCGAUGCAGAGGUUGCUAUUGUUCUGGGCAGCAUCACUCGGUCGCCGACCAUCCAGCAACUGGUUCAGGAUGGCAAGCUUGACGUAACAGCAAUCGACGGGCAAUGGGAGUGUUACAUGACAAUGGUUCUUCACGACGCGAUUAAAGGAGCAAAGAGAGCCCUCGUAAUCGCUGGAAGUGACAAAAGAGGUGCGAUCUACGGCGUGUAUACGCUAUCCGACCAGAUCGGAGUUUCUCCAUGGUAUUGGUGGGCGGAUGUACCCCCAAAGCAAAGCAGCGAGAUUUAUGCCUUAGAUGUAAUCACUAAAAAUGGUCCCCCGAGUGUGAAGUACAGGGGAAUCUUCAUCAACGAUGAAGCUCCAUCCUUGGCUGGCUGGGUGCACGAGAAGUAUGGACCGAAGUUCAAUGUGGACUUUUACAAGAGAGUCUUUGAACUCCUCCUUCGACUUAAGGCGAACUUCCUAUGGCCAGCUAUGUGGUUCGGCUUUCCUCACCCAGGCAGCAGCUUCUUCAUGGAUGAUCCCUUGAAUCAGGAGACAGCUGAUAAAUACGGUAUUGUGAUGUCCACCUCGCACCAUGAGCCAAUGCAGAGGGCUAUGAAUGAAUGGUUCGACGAUCCGUAUUAUGAGCCGGAGAAAAGCUGGUCGUGGAGCAAGAACAAACCAAAGAUCACCAAGUAUUUCCAGGAAGGCGCUGAGCGAGCAAGGAAGUAUGAGAGCUAUAUCACCAUGGGCAUGCGAGGACAUGGUGAUAAAGCUAUGGAUGCUGAGGACCCACCUGCAGUGCUCGAGGACGUUCUUGCCACCCAACGAUCGAUUAUCAAGAAGGCCUACGGGGAUGAAGAUGGGGUGCAUCAGUUGAUGGCAUUAUACAAGGAGGUCCAAGAGUAUUACGAAAAUGGGCUCCAUAUCCCCGAGGACAUUACAUUGCUGUUUGCUGAUGACAAUUUUGGAACUGUCCGCAGGUUACCAUCGGAGGAAGAAUCGAGCAGGAGUGGAGGAGCAGGUAUCUAUUACCAUCUGGAGUACGUCGGAGCUCCGAGAAGCUACAAGUGGCUCAAUAGCAACUCGUGUGCGAAGGUUUGGCAGCAGCUAGAGCAAACGUACAAUCGAGGAGCCAAGGACAUCUGGGUCUUUAACGUGGGAGACCUAAAGCCCAUGGAGGUCCCCUUAACCUUUGUUCUGACCCUCGCCUGGGAUUUACGAAGCCUUCAAAUGAAUCAACUGCAGGAGUUCUUCUAUACAUUCGCGGAGCAUACUUUUCAUCUUGGGCCUGCUGUGUCGCAACAGUGCUCGGAAUUGCUGUUAAAGUAUGACCGGCUAGUCGCCCUUCGGAAGCAUGAGCAUAUUGAACCAGAUACAUUCUCUCUCAUUAAUUAUGGCGAAGCGGAGGAUAUUGUGCGGCGUUGGCAAGAACUCUUGAGUCAAGCGGAAGAGCUAGAUAAAUCGAUUGCUGCGCCCAUGAUGCCGGCAUAUUUUCAACUAGUCCUUCAUCCGAUUAAAGCCAGUUAUAUCUAUGUCGCGCUCAGGGUUGCGCAGGCAAAGAAUCGGCUUUACGCAGUACAACGGCGCAACACCGCGAAUACUUGGGCAUAUGAGGCACUCCACCUCUUCGAAGACGAUUUUAAUCUUAGCGAGGAAUAUCAUUCCCUUCUCAACGGGAAAUGGAAUCAUAUCAUGCGCCAGCCGCACUAUGGUUAUACACAAUCAUGGCACGCUCCGUCCCGAGACAUGAUUAGCGGCCUCUCUUUCGUACAAAACCGACAAGACUCAAACCCCGUGGUUGGCUGGAUUGGCAUCGCUGUGGAGGGAACUCCCGGUAUUCGACCAGGACUCACUAACGAAGAAUCCGAUCGUACUCAUCCUAGCCGUCGCGAUCUUGUUGCCGGAGUGACACUGCCCUCUAUGGAGCCUUAUGGUCCCAAGUCUCGCUACUUCGAGAUUUAUUGCCGAGGCAGCAAAUCCGUAUCCUGGGCUGUCACAUCACCGCACCGCUGGCUUUCACUCUCACCAUCUUCGGGAACUAUCCAGCCAAAAGGCGGCGAUGAACGUGUGAAAAUAUCCGUAGACUGGGCGCAAGUGCCUCUCCAUUUUGACGAUAUGUUACUUGUCGAUUUACGUUCUUCAUUGGGCGACUUCGAGCAGAUUCACAUCCCAGUAAAAAACCGAACGCUUGCUGCAGAUGCCACUGGAUUUGUCGAAGCAGAUGGCCAUAUCUCAAUCAAUGCCACGUCGUUCAUAAAUCCGCCUCUAUCGUCAUAUCGUAUCCUUCCAUUUAUAGGUCGUACGCCGACCGGUGGCGUUGCUCUAGCUGCUGGAGCCCCGGCAUCUCAGUCAGAUUAUCUUGAAUACACAUUCAUUACAUUCACACCCAAGGCCAAUGCGACACUUUUCCUCGAGUUCACACUUACCUUGGACACUGAUACCAAGGCACCCAUCAUAUAUGACAUUCAGCUCGAUGAUAAGGCUCUAGGCUCGCACCGAUUGGUAUCCCAAGUAGAAAAGCCUGGCAAGCUCCCUGGUGGGUGGCACGAGUCAGUCAUGGACAACAUCUGGUCCCAUCGUCAUUCGGUAGACCUUAGCCUUCCUGGCCUUCACACGCUCCGUGUCCGACUUCAAAAUGAGAACUGCGUCUUGGGGAAGAUCGUGGUGGAUCUUGGUGGUGUGCGUGAUAGUUAUCUUGGUCCUCCGGAAAGCUUCUUUCAUCAAGGCAAGUAUAGGUAG